GAAGUAAAGCAUAAGCAUGAUUAUUAGCACGACAUCUCAAAAUACCAUCCGCUGCGCCCCCUUCUUCGCCUUACCCGCCAAGCGCGCGCCGAAAUUGAGACAAGGCAGCGGCCGUACCGAGAUGAUCCCGUGAUUGGGCCUCUCCUUUAACCUCACCCGCGAAUCAGAGCACGCCAUUGCUGGCGUAGGGCUGAGAUGGUGUGAAUGCAAGCUGAAGGUUAUCGAUAGCUCGCGUGCAAGAGAGCUGACAGUGCAAGGCUGACCUUGUUUGGUGAUCAUUUCGUUGGGUUAAGGGUGAAGCACCACGUCCAUGCGCUUUGGUCAAGUUUGCACAUCGUCAUCGAGAAGAUUAACGUUCAACUGUUCGUUUGGGACGUAUUCGUGAUAUCCUAGGACUUUUGGUAAACAAAAGUUUCAU